AAUCAGGGCAUCAUCACGUGAUGAUCCCAUUUUCCUGUGUUAAACAAGUCGUUCUUACUAAUACAAAAUGCAUUCCUCUCCCUUUCUCUCUCUCUCUUAGCCCCACCAAAAGAGCGUUUGACGUGAACGGGUGGCCGAUGAUGAUGCUGUCCAAUUUAAGCAUAAGUCGCUGUCCUUGAACCGUGCGCAAAACAGACCAAGAAAAGGAAAAAACUACCAAGGCGUACCAUUUCAAGAAAAAUUGUUGGCGCCCACUGCAUCACUCUCUCUCCUCCUGCAACUCAUUUAAAAUCCAUGGCCAGAUCCUCAAUCCUCCCCACACAAACUACAAAGUCUUCUCAUCCCACACACAGUCAGUCAGUCCUGACAACCCAGAAGCUCUUUGCCCUCUUGACUUGCCUCGUGCUGCCUCUCGUCUGCAACAUGUCGAGGCUUGUGUCCUUUCAGCUCCCGUACCUUCCUCCCAGCUCAUGCCCUCCGGCGAGUUUCGGAAGAUCGCAUCCCAGGAGGUUCAAUUUCGUCUCGGCGGCCGCCACCGCGACUGUCGAGCCGUUCUCGACGGUCGGGGACCCGUCGACCACGCUGUACCGAGUGCUUCGUGUCAAGGCUUCCGCCUCGCAGGCGGAGAUCAAGGCUGCUUACCGUAGCUUGGCGAAGCUCUACCACCCGGACUCGGCUUCAAUGAACGGAGGCGAGGGCGACUUCGUCCAGAUUAAUAAUGCCUACGCCAUCUUAUCUGAUCCAGUAGCCAGAGCUCGCUACGAUUUGUCCAUACAUGCACACUGUAGUCCUAGAUACUCAAGCAUGGCGCCACGGCCAAACAGAAGAUGGGAAACAGAUCAAUGCUGGUAGCUACGACAGGAUGGACAUGGAAAGCACUUUUUUUUUUGCAAUAUAAGUUUUGGCUUAUCAUUGUUUUGUAAGUGGUUGUCCAAUCUGAUUUUCCUAGUUUCAAAGCAGGAUGGCGG